AGCCGCAUUGUUCAGGCACAGUUUGCAAACAGUCCUGAUUGAGCGAGAUAUUGCCACUCAGGAGGUUUCAGCGCACUCAGCAGCAGUUAGUGGAUCAAGUAUUUUCAAGUGUUCGUCGAAGAAAAACAGCAGCUACUUUCCAACAAUGAAAUCUUUCAUCGCUGUUCUGGUUUUGGCCACCGCCGCUUCCGCCUGGCACGGCCCGGUCGACACUCCCGAAGUGCAGCACGCCAAGGCACAGCAUCGGGCCGCUCACGAUGCUGCCCUCUCCGGACACUCGAUUGCCGCCCCAGCCUGGCAUGCCGCCGCCGCUCCAGCUUGGCACGGAGCACCAGCUGCUGCCGCUCAUGGACCAGUGGACACCCCCGAAGUUCAGCACGCUAAGGCUCAACAUCUGGCCGCUCAUGCUGCCGCUGCCCACUCGUCUGCUGGCCAUGGCUGGAAUGGAGCCCCUGCUCACGAUUGGCAUGGAGCUGGUGCCUGGCAUGGACCUCAGCACAUCCCAGUGAUCCACAAUGGAGUCCCAGUCGAGACCCCGGAAGUUCAGCACGCUAGAGCCGUCCAUCUGGCUGCUCUGUCCGGAUCCGCUGGCGCUGGACACUGGGCUCCAGCCCAUGAAGAUGAUGGCUCGUACAAGCCACACUGGGAUCACCAUCACUACUAGACACCUGCUCCGGGCGCCCCCGUGCCUUGUUUCCUCUGAUGCCAAAAUAGCCCAUUCCUGUUCAACCUUUCCCCUCAAACUCCCCUUUAAGUAGAACUUCGGUUAUCAAAGCGCUGUUGAGUGUGUAUUUGUCGAAGAGUUUUCCCGCAAGGGUAGCCGCCAUCGCAAACCCGAAACGUCAUCCUCGGUGUCCUUCCCCUCGUAGCAGAACAUCUCGUAGGGUGUGGACGCGUCAUUUACAUCAUUCCGUUUUUUGUUGGCAGCACUUGCGGGAAUAGCUUCAGUGAUUUGUAAAUUUUAAUAGUUGUAGUUGAGAAGAGAAAAAAAAAUGCGUUAAUGAAAUUACCUGAACACAAGA